GAAAGGAUAAUUUUCGCUCUGGAAGAAGGAGGUGAAAACUCGUGGAAAAUCAGCGUAAAAAUAACUUUAUCGCAUUCCACCACUGGAGCGCAAAGUUGAACGUUGUUUCCGAGCAGUCAAACCGUGUUUUCCGCGAGGUGUUCAGCUUUACCUAGGUCUGGGCAAAUUGGUGCAGUGGCAAAGUUCAUAUCGGUUGGUCAAACUGGCCUACGUUUGACCCCCUCAGGACCGGGAUGCUGUGCCGUAGGAUGCGUUUAACCGAGCGCCAUCUUCAGCCUCCACGCGAACCCAAUGAAGGUCCGAUUGUGCGUCCUUGCACUGCGCGAAAAUUGGAGGGAAGCGACAGGGAAUCUUCACUUUUCUCGGCCGGACAUCAUGGGAGAAAAUCGGGUGAAAUCUCCAAGACACCACUGAUGAUUGUCAAUCUGAAUAUUCCACCGGGGACGCGAACGUUGGCCCCGAGGAGCGUGAAAAGUCCCCGCAAAUUACCACCCUUUUGCGUGCAGCAUCAACAUCUGGCGAGAGCUUAUGGCACCAAUCAAUCUCAUUCUGCCCCCGAAGAAGCGCCAGCGUACCCCAACAGAACAAUUCCGCAAAUCUUCAUACAGGGAUACGAGAUUCAAGAUAAAAAAGGCUCACCGCAGAAACAGCAGCCAGACGACGACAACCAAGAUUGCGAGAUUCGUCCCAUCACCGAGAAUGAGGAAGACAGCUUUGCGACUAUUCUGCUGGAUAAUAUUUCGAAUAUUUCUCUGGAAAUGAUCAAUAGGCACCAGCGCAAACUCAUGGGAACUACGAACUCUACGAAGACGGCCAGCAAGGCAUGCAACACGUCGGCAUGCGAUAUGUUUUUGAAUUUGGAUUCCUACGAAAUGGAUGACUAUGGACAACUUCCAGAUAAGUCUGAGGACAAAACGGAAGACUCGCCCCCCAUUCCCCCGGGCUACAGGUCGCUUUGUUAUCGUACACCAAGCCCCAACACUCGGCAGAUUAUACGAGUCAACGUUACCAUGAAUAGGGGACGCCACGGUGAAGAAUGUUCGCGAUUCAAUCAUUAGCUAUGUUCACGAGAAAUGUGCUGUUGGUUAGUAUGAAUGUUUAAGUAUUACGUUAUGUAUGUUAUUUAUGUUUUUUUUAGUUUUGAUCCAUGUUACAAUCAAAGCUUUAAGUA